GCGGAGUUCGAGCGAGCGUGCGGCGUGGGAGUCUGCAUCACCCCCGAGCAGAUCGAGGAGGCUGUAGAGGCUGUGAUCACUGAGCACCGAGCGGAGCUGCUGGCACAGCGCUACCACUUCAACAUGGGACUGUCCGCAGGGGAGGCACGGAACCGGCUGCGGUGGGCGGAUGGGAAGACCAUCAAGAACGAGGUGGACCUGCAGGUACUGCAUUUGCUGGGACCAAAGACAGAAGCUGACUUGGAAAAAAAGCCAAAGGCUGCGAAGUCCCGGCUGGCCCCGGUGGAGAAGCAGAAAGCAGCUGUGGUGGAGAAUGGUGACAUGGGCACAGAGACACAGUCGCUGCUGGAGCAGCUGCGGGGAGAGGCCCUCAAGUUCCAUAAGCCAGGAGAGAACUACAAGACAGAGGGCUAUGUGGUGACACCCAACACCAUGGCCCUGCUGAAGCAGCACUUGGCAAUCACAGGUGGGCAGGUACGGACGCGGUUCCCUCCUGAGCCCAAUGGGAUCCUGCACAUCGGCCAUGCCAAGGCCAUCAACUUCAACUUUGGUUAUGCCAAGGCCAACGGUGGUGUGUGCUUCCUGCGCUAUGAUGACACCAACCCCGAGAAGGAGGAGGAGAAGUACUUCACAGCCAUCCGGGAGAUGGUGGAGUGGCUGGGCUACCAGCCCUAUGCGGUGACCCACGCUUCGGAUUACUUUGACCAGCUCUAUACCUGGGCCCUGGAGCUCAUUCGCAGGGGUCAGGCAUAUGUCUGCCACCAGAAGGUGGAGGAGAUAAAGGGCCACAACCCACCACCCUCGCCGUGGCGGGAUCGGCCCGUGGAGGAGUCACUCCUGCUCUUUGAGGACAUGAGAAAGGGCAAGUUUGGGGAGGGAGAGGCCACGCUGAGGAUGAAGCUGGUGAUGGAGGAUGGGAAGAUGGACCCUGUCGCCUACCGCGUCAAGUUCACGCCACACCACCGCACCGGGGACAAGUGGUGUAUCUACCCCACAUAUGACUACACACACUGCCUCUGCGACUCCAUCGAGCACAUCACACAUUCCCUCUGCACCAAGGAGUUCCAGGCCAGACGCUCCUCCUACUUCUGGCUGUGCAAUGCACUGGAUGUCUACUGCCCCGUGCAGUGGGAGUAUGGGCGCCUGAACCUGCUCUACACUGUCGUCUCCAAGAGGAAGAUCAUCCGGCUGGUGGAGACGGGUGCUGUGAGGGACUGGGAUGACCCGCGGCUCUUCACGCUGACAGCCCUGCGCCGGCGCGGCUUCCCCCCUGAGGCCAUCAACAACUUCUGCGCACGGGUUGGUGUGACAGUGGCCCAGGCAACGAUGGAGCCGCAUCUGCUGGAGGCGUGUGCACGGGAGGUGCUGAAUGAGCAGGCACCCCGCGUCAUGGCUGUCCUAGAGCCUCUCAAGGUCACCAUCACCAACUUCCCUGCCCCAAAGGCACUUGAGGUCCUUGUGCCCAACUUUCCAGCCGAUGAGGGCCGAGGUUUUCACAAAGUGCCCUUUCACUCCACUGUCUACAUCGAGGAGACAGACUUCAGGGAGGAGGCAGAUAAGGGCUACAAGCGCCUCGCCCCCGGGCAGCCCGUGGGGCUGCGCCACGCUGGCUAUGUCAUAGCCGUCCAGAACAUCAUCAAGGAUGUCAGCGGGCGCGUGAUCGAGCUGGAGGUGACCUGCACCAAGUCAGACGUGGCAGAGAAGCCCAAAGCCUUCAUUCACUGGGUGUCAGAGCCACUGGCGUGUGAAGUGCGGCUCUACGAGCGGCUGUUUUUGCACAAAAAUCCCGAGGACCCAUCGGAGGUGCCUGGUGGAUUUCUGAGUGACCUCAACCCUGACUCCCUACGUGUGGUGCACAACGCCUUGGUCGACAGCUCCGUCCUCUCUGCCCGACCCUUUGACAAGUUCCAGUUUGAGCGACUGGGCUACUUCUCCGUGGAUCCUGACAGCGAGGAGGGGAAGAUGGUGUUCAACCGGACGGUGACGCUGAAGGAGGACCCUGGCAAGGCCUGA